AUGUCAUCCUUCUCUGGAUCGUGCCUUUGCGGUGGCAUUCUUGUGUCUAUCUCGUCAAACCCUGUAACCAUAUUCACAUGUUUUUGUGACCACUGCUGCAAAGGCGCCGGAGGCACGCAUCAAGUGAUUGCCAAAUUCACUCAUAAAUCCGUAGCUAUUACAACCGGUUCAGACCUCGUUUCCCACUUCACACUCAACAACACUUCGAGCGGCCUAGCCAAAGAAAAGGCGUUCUGUCGCGUCUGCGGGACCCCACUGUGGACGGCCCCCGCAUCGGCGCAGGGGCAGUUUCUUCUCAUCCGGACGAGUCUCCUGGACGGUGGCACGGCGCUGACCAGUCUCGGAACAAGAUCCAACCUGACGCCGGAGGCUGAAGUAUUUGUGAAGUCACGGCCCGCUUGGCAACACGCGGUGGACGGAGCUGUUCAAUGGGAGGGCAUGAGAAGAUAA